GCAUGCUUCCUGACCGGCUCCCUGAAGCGCUUCCAGCCCGGUGCCUGAGGGCUUCCAGCCCGCUCCGGCCGCGAUCGAGGCGGCUCAGCGCCAUGGGCUGAAGGGCGGAUGGCGGCAGCGGCGCUCCAGGUGGGCUCCGGGGCGGGCGGCGCGGGCGGCGGCGGCUCCGGCGCCCCUCACCCCGCCGAGGCCCCGCGCCUCCCCUCACGCUCCUGCUGAUCUCGGGUCUCCAGGAUGGAACAAAUAGGGUUUGGUGUUUCCUGCAGUGGACUGGGCAGACUGGAUUCAGAAAACACAGAGGCUCAACACUGAGGCAUAGACCGUAGAUAUAUUUCCUACUGGAGUAAGGCACCAGUGACAGGAAAAAAAAAGUUCUCCUAGUUCCAGGGGAAGUUUGAUUCUGAAUACUGGUGUGCUUUUUAAAGAACAACUGACGAUACAAAGGACGAUGCACAGUGUGUAUCCUGAUGACAUUUUGUGUGCUGUGACAUGGCUUUUGUCAUGGCAUCUGAGACUGAAAAGGCCCAUGCUCUUCUCCAGACUUUCAGCACGGCGUCAGUUAUUUCCAGUCUAGGUUUGGGGAUAUUCUGCUUUAUAGCUGACAGACUUCUGCAGUUUUCCUUCAUUCAGCAAAAUGACUGGCUCCGAGCCUUAUCUGAUAAUGCCGUGCAUGGUAUACUGGGGAUGUGGUCCUGGGCAAUAGUGAUUGGACUCAGGAAGAAAAGUGACUUCACUGAGGUCACCCUGGCUGGCUUCCUUGCCUCUGUCAUUGAUGUGGACCACUUCUUUCUUGCUGGAUCUCUGUCAUUAAAGGCUGCUCUGACUCUUCCACGGAGACCACUUCUUCACUGUUCUACUGUUAUUCCUGUGGUGGCUCUGACAUUAAAGUUUAUCAUGCAGCUUUUCAGGCUUAAGGACUCCUGGUGCUUUCUUCCCUGGAUGUUGUUCAUAUCCUGGACUUCUCAUCAUGUCCGUGACGGGAUUCGUCAUGGCCUCUGGAUCUACCCAUUUGGAAAAACUCCUCCCUUGCCAUAUUGGCUGUAUGUGGCAAUUACAGCAUCUUUACCUCAUCUGUGUUCAUUUAUUAUGUAUUUAACAGGCACUAGAGAAUUAAUGUCUAUAAAACAUGGAAUCCGCAUUGAUGUAUAGGAAUGAUGGCUUUUAAAGGUGGUUUGUGCUAGCACUUGAAAUAACCUGCCUGUCUGUCACUGAAGGGUUUCCUUAUGCUUCCUACCCCUUCUGAGUUAGGCAUUUUAAGGCUGUAGAGCCAAUUACAGCUCUUGUGUCAAUUCUUGUGGUCAUAGAACCUAUUUAACGAAUGAUAAUAAUUUUAUAUCUGUACAUUUCUCUUGUACAGUGUGUAGUCUUCCAUGAUAGUUCAUGCAUAGUGAGCUGGUUAUAAAGUACUUAGUUCCUCUCUGUAGUAAUUACAUUGCAUUUUACUGUCAUGGAGCCAUUCAUCUGAUCACUAUUCACUUUGUAUUUGUAUUCUGCCUUUGGAGAAUACAUUUCAUCCAGAUAGUAUUUGUAUAGCACUUUAAAAUUGUGAAGUUCUAUAUAAAUGCUAGAUAUUAUUGACAAUCCAAUAGUGUGUGGCACUUCUAAAAAAAUCCCUCAGCCUUUCAAAUUUAUUUCUAUGUUAGAAGUCCUGCUGGACUCUUGUAUUGAACCACUUUAAAAGAAUUACUGCUUGUGUUUCACACUGUCUAUCCACAUCUCUUUGAACCUCAGUGUUUUACUGAAUUCUAUAUCCCCCUGUAGCUGCUUGGUUAAAUUUAUAGAUUACUAGCUUCAAAAUUAGAAAGGAGUAGACAGUUUGGUUAUAGUAUUACGGCAUGUUGGCCAAAUUGUUUAAUUGUUAAAAAUACACUAAUUAUAAAUACUAUUUAAUUUGGAACCAAGGAAUUUUAAUAAAUAUUUAAGAAUUGUGUGAAGAUUCAGGGAGACACAAGAAAAUAAAAAUUGCUUAUAACGCAAGUUUGCAUAAAGACAUUACUACUCAGUAAAGCAUUUUCCAUUAAGUGCAAUGUCAUCCUCAUAAUUGUAAAAUAAAAUGCAUUAAUAUUAUUAUUAUUGUACAGAAAUAGAAAUUUCCUCAUAAAGAAGUUCCAUAAGGAAAAAUGUUAUUAUGCUGCAGCUUAUGAGGUAGUAAUUUGCACUAUGGACUAUUCAAUUUUCAUUUACAGACACCUCUCAGAAAGAGUCCCAAAUUAAAAGUUGUCUGGUCUUGUCUAACUAGACAAGACUGUCUAGACUUGUGUAGUUUAUAAUGUACAAGCUGAGAAUGUCUAUUAAUAAUUUUUAAAUUUUUUAUUCACCGCCCAUUAAAAAGAUGGGGCCUUAACUACUCCAGCUUGUGAUAAAUAGCUGUCAAAGGGGAUCAUUUUUAUGGAACUGCAUGUAUAAGGUAGCACGUGCUUAACUUAGGUUACCAGUGGGUGUAAGGAUUUACGUGAUGUGUACAUUUACAUUAUUAAAUGUAUAUUAGAAUAAAGUAAAAAAAAAAAACAAAAACUGGGAUGUCUGUCUUAAUGAGUAACAGAAACUUUCUAUGCCUGCAGAAUACUUAAGGCUCUUUGCAGCCCUCUGUGCUAAUCAUGGAAAGUGUUGCACUUCUUUAAAUUGUGUCUUUGUCCCAGAAGAAUAGUCCCUGUCCUGUCUGUUCUUCAUGUUACAAAUGCCAAUGUAAACUUGUAUGAAAGUACAGCGGGGCUGUCUAGCCUUUAUUAUAAAAUGAAUAAAAGGUUUCUUUCUUGCAAAGAAGAUUGGGAGAGCAAAACAUUCCUUAGAGGGUUAUCCUUAUGUUGUGGAUUUCUGUCCUUUGGAGUUUUCCAGAAACAGCAUAAGAAAUGUCUUGCUGUAGAGCCCUCAGAUCAAAACUGCCUUUUAUCCAAAGGCAUGACAGUUUACUAGAGGAGCAUUCAUUUACUUCUAUCCUGUAUUUUAAACUAGAGGCUAUGAAAUGCCAGUAAUGAAUAAAUUUUGUGCAAGGGG